AUGAGCCAACCUGCCACAGCAGCUCAGAUUCGGAGUGCGCACUCCAUGGCCCCAUCGUGCGACCGGGAGCGAGAGGCUGAGGCCAGGCGAGCACGCAAUCUGGCGCUGCUGGCGGAGGGCAAGGAGGAGGAGGACUUUUUUGCCCUGAUCCGCCAGCGUAAGCAGCAGAAGCUGUGCCACACGGAACGUUCCGUGCCCAGUCCGAAGGAUGGGCCACCAAUGGCAGGAAAGCCCCCCUCGUUGGACGUGAAGGCGGCCAAGCGCUUUGUCCAGCAUCAUGCGAGGGAGGUUCCUCCUCCUGAGCUCGAGGACACCAUGCCCUUGGCGAUUCAGCGGCACUAUGAUUUGCUGCGCCUCCGCUACGAUGCCAGGGAUCCUGCCGAGGUCCUGGCCGCCUACCGGCGCUGGGCCACCACGACGAGGGAAGCGGAGAGGCUGAAGAUGUUGGGCCGAGCUCAUGACGCCAUUUGCGAAUACCUCGGUCAACUGCCCUUGUCACGGAUGCCACCGCCAGAGGAAGAGAAAAAGAACAUGUGCCGCAGGGGGAGUUGGGAUGCAAACUCAAGGGGGUUCCCACAGUAG